UUAGUUUUAUUUUAUGUCCCUUUCUUGAGAAAUUGAUAAAAUUGUAUGACAAAGUUAUACAUAACUGAUAUAUGAUUUAGGAUCUUAAACUAGUUUCCUCGUUCUAGAUACCAGGUUCCUACAAGUGUCAUAUGUCCUAGGUUUACAUAUCAGGCUGUUUCACAAGGUUCGUUCUUCAGUUUUGGGGUUCUAAUGACCCGGUUCCGAGUUCUUUCUACCAGUUUCUAGAUUCUAGGUAUAUGAGUCAAAGUGAUAAACAGAUGAUAUUCUGCAGAUAAGAAACGAAUUUGAAAAUAACAAUAACCCCUGAAGUUCCUAGAAAUCUUUGGCACACACCUAUUUUAAUUUGAAUGUUAUAACUUUUCAAUUUUAGGUUUCUUUUAACAUUAUACAUUGUACUUUUGAUGAAUAAUUCAGAGAUUUUUUCUAAGGAGAGACACCUGUCAGCCAAAAAAAUUGACAUCGAAAAUACAUCGUAUACUAGAUAAAAGGAUGGAUUCUGGGCUAGGGCUUUCUAUGCUAGCUCUCUUUAAGAAAGGGAAAGCAAAAGCAAAUGUUGAAAAUAGUAUAGUGGUGGUCGGCAUCAAGAAAGCGUUACUUUUAGGCCUAUUAUCGCGUGACCGUGAUGAAGAGGGGGAAACAGACGACGACAUUACAUCGUUGGUGUCGAGUGUUACAGAUACAGAAGGAGACAAGCAGAACAGACACAGUUCCGAUAUUUGUAGCAGCUCGGUUCAGGGCAACGAGAGCUCAGAUGAUAGUGGUGUAACCUCGUACAGUGGCGGGGGUAGAACAGGGGUGAGAGGAUCAGUUCUCAAGAAAAAAAUAAAUACCUUUGUAUCUCCAACGCAACACUUUAACAGAUUAGAUACAGAUGAGUGCAGUACGGACCAAGGGGUUGCUCUCUCCAUAUCAGAAAGUAAAAGCUCAAGAAAAGUUGUAAAACCGGUUUGGAAUUCUCCCCGGCAUGGACAGAUUACUCGGCAAAAUGCUGUUAAAGAGAACAGUUUGGACUCUAACACUGAUACUGAACUAUUGUCAAGUCAAACCAACGAUGUGGACAGAAGAAAGAGUAUUUCUUGGUCCAUGGAUGCAAAUCACAAGAAUAGUUCACAACGUUCCUCUUCAAGUUCAACUUCAAGGCAGGAUCAGAAAUUAAAGAACAAUGUCCGGCAUCAUAAUUUCAACUCCCUAACCGUUCCUAGUCCCAAUACUAUUCCCAGCCCUACUCACGUUCUAAGCACUAUUCCCGUUCCUACUCCCUACUCUGUUCCUAUUUCUAAUCAUUUUCCCUUUGCUCCAAAUUAUAUUCUAGUUUCUCCAAGCCAAUGCUCUCGUUUACCGAGCAACAAUUGGCUGUCUCCUACUCCAACACGUCAAUCUUUAGAUACGACAAGACGUAAAUCGUCUUCUAAUAUCAGCACACAUCUUCUUGGACCCAACCCUGAUGAUAGACGGCUAAGUUUCAACUCCUUGGAGCCGGUUAAUAUAAUUCCAAACACUAUAGAUAUGAGGAGGUUAAGUGGUACAUGUGGUACGAGUAUAGAAACUAGAGAACUAGACUCACAUAUUUUAUCUCGACAAUCUACCAUAGAACAGCAGCUAUAUAGUCCCAGGCUAGGGGAUAUGAGGAAGCAUGAGGUUAUGAGGGCCUUGUCCUCUCCUGUACAGGCUCGGAGGCUGGGAAGUUUGCACCAGGAUCCUCGGAGGCUAAGUUUCUCCUCCGCUGAAACUAAAUCCCCUAAAACAACCCACUCCAGAGGAACCUCUCCCAUUCAGGCACUAGCUUCAACCAAAACUAGAACCAGGUAUAGGCGGAAGAAUUCGGUUGAAAAAGAGACAAAUAGCAGCACUAGUUCUUCACAAACAUCUUUAGUUUCCCCUUCUUCCCUUCCUCUACCUACAGGAGUGUAUCAUCAAGAUACAAAACAGGCUGUAUUAUCAAGUUCAAAGCAACAUCAGAGUAUUUUUUCACCACUGAAAGGCCGCCAACAAACAACAAACACAUUGAGGAAAAUGGAAUCUUCAAGUACAACAACGUAUACUAAACGUCCAAACAACCUGUCCCUACCCAGAGAAGAUUUAACUUCAACUUCAGAAAUAACACUUUUAAAUAAAUAUUCAUCAUUACCCGUCGCUUCACAUUCAAGUUCUAUGAGAACUCGAACUUCUUCCCCUUUCAAACAUCUGGGAGCACACCUUCACAGUAAUCCUGAAAACGGGAGCGCAAAAAAUUCAUCUCAAAGAAUUGAAACGUAUGAGUCUUCAACUGCUCAUUAUUCCCCGCAAGGUGGAAGUCAACUAGAGUUAUCAAGCUGGAAUAAAGGACUCCAUACUCCAGUAGAGCGGUCCAGUUCUAAACUAACAUUAAUUGUAACAGAUUUGUAAAGAAGCUGCUAAAAAAGGAGCUUUAAAACAAGGAGCUUCAGAACCGGGAGCUUCUAAACAAGGAGCUGCAGAACCAUGAGCUUCUAAACAAGGAGCUGCAGAACCAUGAUCUUCUAAACAAGGAGCUGCAGAACCAUGAGCUUCAAAACAAGGAGCUGAAGAACCAGGAGCUUCAAAACAAGGAGCUGUAGAACCAGGAGCAUCUAACCAAGGAGCUGAAGAACCAGGAGCAUCUAACCAAGGAGCUGCAGAACCAGGAGCUUCAAAACAAAUAGCUACAGAAACAGGAGCUUUAAAAAAUAGCUGCUCCUGCUCUACAGAGGUUUGGUCCAUCACCAUCACCGAAUUUUAAAA